AUGUCUAGUCGGCAUAAAAACGUCCUCAUUGAUACAAUCACCUACCCUCCAGAAACUGACCUCAAUCUUGCUUCCAUUCACGUCCGUGACUUGGCUAGACGUCUUUCGAACUCGGAUCCCUUCGAGUUUGGCCUGCUACCGUGCCGAGGGGUCGUCAAAUCAAGGGAAGGAGAUGACACCAAGUUUAACCUCGUCUUCGACAUCCCCCGAUCGCUCUCCAACCCUCGAACCCUUCGCCAGAUCCUCCUACAGAAAGCGCCUCACGCCCUCAACGAUCGUUUCCAGCUAGCGAGACAGCUUGUCCGAUCCCUCAUGUUUGUGCAUACAUCCGGGUUCGUCCACAAGAGCAUCCGCCCAGAUACCAUCGUCGUCUUCGAGACACAGGAUUCCCCCUUCGGACCCUCCUUCCUCAUCGGCUUCGAACGAUUCCGCCCCGGUGACGCAGGGACAUUCCUCACAGGCGACUCGAGCUGGGAGAAAAAUCUCUAUGCCACCCGAAGCGGCAAGGGAUACACCCUGAGGACCGAUACGUGA